GCCAAAGCAGCGGGAGCCGCAGCCGCCGAAUAGCGCCAGGCUGCCUCCUAUUGCAAGAUAUACAGAAGCCAAGCGAGCUCCAGAACCACGUCUUGGCCCAGGGCAGAGCCUCCCGAUCCUCGAGGAGGAGUCUGAGGGCUCGCCGUCCCCUUCCCCAGUGCACAAGACGGAGCCGCCAGCCAUGGCGCUUGACCUCGGGGUCAAGGCCUUGACGACGAAGCCUUGGAAGUCCAAUCUCAGCAUCAAUCUGCCCGAGUGCAAGCCUUGGUCUCGGACCCUGCAGACCGUUCAGGACAAAAUCGUCUCGGACGAGCGUAGGCAUACCAGUCAUUCCGAGCUGUUGAAGGCCAACAAUCAGCGUAUGCAAGACUUGAUGGCAUACAUGCACCAGGAAAUGCGUGGGCAGUUCUUAUCGAAGGUGCCACUUUUGUCAGACAAAGUUCUGGAUGCCAAGACGCAGUUUCGCUUCGGCUCACAGCAUGUCGGCGUGGCCCGCGUGGCCCUCCAACCGCAAAUGCAGCAGAGCGAGAUGAUUGCAGACGAGCCGGAGAAGCCGGAGAAGCCGCCGGUCACCUUUGAAGGUGAGAGCGAGGCUAAUCGCAUAGUUCAGGAGAUCUGCAACAAUGCGAAGGUCCAGGAAAAAGUCCGAGUGCAGGUGGAGGCCAAGGCAAAGGCUGCGAGAGCCGAAAUUCGGAUGGAGAAGCUAAUAGCCAAGAGGUAUAGAUACUCCUCGGGCCCCAAAGACACAGAAUUUUGGGUGAAAUGUCAAAUAAAUGACAAUGACCCGCCUGACUUUGUCCAUGUGCUGCUAACGCAGGAAUGGCGGGUGAAGGACGUGAAGUUGUUUGAAAGGGUCGACUCGAAGAUCCAUGGCUAG